UAAUCCAGCGGAGCUGUCAGUCAAUCAUGGGUAUCUCACGGGAUUCAAUGCACAAGAGGCGUGCAACUGGAGGAAAGAAGAAGUCGUGGAGGAAGAAGCGAAAGUAUGAGCUCGGCAGGCAACCGGCCAACACAAAGUUGUCGAGCAACAAGACUGUGAGAAGGGUGAGAGUUCAGGGAGGCAAUGUGAAGUGGCGUACCUUGAGGUUGGAUACUGGAAACUAUUCUUGGGGUAGUGAAGCUGUAACCAGAAAGACCCGUAUUCUCGAUGUGGUUUACAAUGCAUCAAACAAUGAGCUGGUCAGAACACAAACUUUGGUCAAGGGUGCCAUUGUCCAAGUUGAUGCUGCACCAUUCAAGCAGUGGUACCUACAGCACUAUGGAGUUGAAAUCGGCCGCAAGAAGAAGGCCGCUGCCAAGAAGGAAGGAGAGGAAAUCACUGAGGCUGAUGCUGCUGAAGAGGAAAAGAAAAGCAACCAUGUUCAGAGAAAACUAGAGAAACGUCAGCAGGACCGAAAGAUCGACGCACAUAUUUAAGAACAAUUUGGUGGUGGUCGUCUGUUGGCAGCAAUUGCCUCUCGUCCUGGCCAGUGCGGCCGAUGUGACGGGUAUAUUUUGGAGGGCAAGGAAUUGGAAUUUUACAUGAAGAAACUUCAGAAGAAGAAAGGAAAGGGUGCAAGUAGUUAAAUUUGAAGUGUCUUUGUCAUUUCUUUUCCUUUAUGUGAGGGAAACCGUAUUAAUUGGCUGAGGUUGUUAAUUGUUAUAGAUUGUUGCUUUCUUGGUAUUCAUGUUUUAGAUCCUUUUUUUGGCUUGAUUGUUACUAUGUUUUUUGGUGCUGAGUUAUGAAUACUGUUGAUUCUAUUUCUUU